GGUGAUUGUGUCCCCACUUUGGAUCCUUCUAUUCACAAUAUCUAGACACGUAUUUAUACUCGUACACGCACCACACCUCCGUCAAUAACUCAAACACAGAUUACUGUGUGCUGCAACAAAAACCACCAUUUGCCUUCAUUUCAUCGAUCAUCAGUUAGGGUUUGCAGUUAUGGCUGGCCACGGUGAAGAGAUAGAGACUACAGACGAAUCGCUCCUUGAAAAGACCACCGACAAGAUUCAUCGCGAUAGUUCUUCUUCGUCGUCGUCAGAUUCUGAAUCGGAGAAGAAACCGAAGUUUGAUGAUGAUGAUGUUAAGAAGCCUCAUGAUGCUCCGUCGUUAUCUUCUUCUCUGAAGUCAAAGAGUAACCGGUUGUUCGGUAGGGAGAAACCGGUUCAUCAGGUUUUUGGCGGUGGAAUACCUGCUGAUGUAAUCUUGUGGAGAAACAAGAAGAUAUCCGCCAGUGUACUCGCUGGAGCCACCGCAAUAUGGGUGUUAUUUGAAUUGCUCGAGUACCAUCUUGUUACUUUGCUUUGCCACAUUUCAAUUCUUGUGUUUGCAAUUCUCUUUCUGUGGUCCAGUGCCUCUAAAAUCAUAAACAAGUCUCCUCCACCCAUACCAGAAGUUAGAAUUCCAGAAGACACCGUUCUUCAGUUUGCUUCUGCAUUAAGAAUUGAAAUCAAUAAUUUUCUUCAAAUGUUACGGGGUAUUGCUUCCGGGAGAGAUCUGAAGAAGUUCCUAGCUGUUAUUGCUGGAUUGUGGGUGCUCUCUAUUGUUGGUAGCUGGUGCAAUUUCUUGACUUUGUUUUACAUGAGUUUUGUGGUUUUACACACGGUUCCUGUUCUGUACGAGAAGUAUGAGGACGAGGUGGAUGCAUUUGCGGAGAAAGCGAUGAUCGAGUUGAAGAAGCAAUAUGCAGUGUUUGAUGAUAAGGUUGUGAGUAAGAUUCCAAGAGGGCCCUUGAAACAAAAGAAGAAAGAUUGAGAAAUAGUAAGAUCUUGUUUCAUUCAAGAAUAGACUGGCUGUUGUUUAAUUUCAUCAUCUUAGAAGAUAAUUUAGUGGUUGUGUUUGUUUCAAGAGUUUAGACGUUUUGGUGGGUUGUAUAUAUAAAAAAUAUGUGAAAUGAUGCAUUACAACUUACAAGCUCGUGUCUUCUUGUGAAAUUGAAUUAAUAUAUUGUGCUUA